AUGCUUGCCGCUCUGGUGAUUAUGGUAAGUGUCUUCUUGGGCACUCUCUUCCUCGUUGAAAGUGUUCUCUCUCACUCUUCUGGUCUCUACUCUGGCGACGUACCCCGCGAGAUGAUUCGGUACUCGCAUGUGGCUGGUCGGCCCUACUCUGUCACUUAUGAUUCCCGGGCCUUCAAGAUCGAUGGAGUGCGGACGCUGCUGUUGGGAGGCUCCAUACACUACCCUCGUGUGGCCGUCGAUGAGUGGGAGCCUAUGCUGGAGGAGAUGGGCAGGGACGGCUUGAACCACGUCCAACUGUAUGUUUUUUGGAACUACCACGAGCCACGACCGCCACGCUAUGAUCAACUCAAAGAUCGACUCGAGCACAAGUACGAUUUCAGUGGACGAGGGGACCUACUGGGGUUCAUCCGGGCUGCUGCUAAGAAGGAUCUCUUCGUGAGCCUUCGGAUAGGACCGUAUGUUUGUGCGGAAUGGGCGUUCGGUGGCCUUCCCCUGUGGCUGAGAGAUGUGGAGGGGAUGUGUUUUCGCUCUAUUUGUGGUUACAAUGGAUCUCCUGGGAAAUGCAAACCAUGGGAGGGUGGGAAGUUUCGGAGCUGCGACCCGUGGAGAAAAUACAUGGCCGAUUUCGUGAUGGAGAUAGGCAGGAUGGUGAAAGAGGCGAACCUGAUGGCAGCCCAAGGGGGCCCAGUCAUUUUGGGGCAGCUGGAGAACGAGUAUGGACAUCACUCUGAUGCUGGUAGGGCGUAUAUAGACUGGGUCGGGGAGCUGUCCUUCGGCUUGGGCCUGGACGUGCCUUGGGUCAUGUGUAAUGGAAUCUCUGCUAAUGGUACAUUGAAUGUCUGUAAUGGCGACGACUGUGCGGACGAGUAUAAGACGGAUCACGAUAAGCGAUGGCCUGACGAGCCACUGGGGUGGACUGAGAACGAGGGUUGGUUCGAUACAUGGGGUGGGGCCGUUGGGAAUUCGAAGAGGUCAGCCGAGGAGAUGGCCUACGUUUUAGCCAAAUGGGUGGCUGUGGGAGGUAGCCAUCAUAACUACUACAUGUGGUAUGGUGGUAACCAUCUGGCUCAAUGGGGAGCGGCCUCGCUGACCAACGCUUAUGCUGAUGGGGUGAACUUCCAUUCUAAUGGGCUGCCGAAUGAACCGAAGAGGUCGCAUCUCCAGCGCUUGCAUGAGGUCCUCGGGAAGUUGAACGGGGAGCUCAUGCAGGUGGAGGACCGCCACUCGGUGAUGCCAGUCCAACUGGAAAACGGUGUGGAAGUUUACGAGUGGACCGCUGGCCUCGCUUUCCUCCAUCGUCCAGCAUGUAGUGGUUCCCCGGUAGAGGUCCACUACGCCAAGGCGACCUAUAGUAUUGCCUGCCGUGAAGUCCUCGUGGUGGAUCCAUCAAGUUCAACGGUCCUCUUCGCAACGGCUAGUGUUGAGCCCCCGCCUGAGUUGGUACGGAGAGUGGUGGCCACCUUGACAGCGGACCGAUGGAGUAUGAGGAAGGAGGAGCUGCUGCACGGUAUGGCUACAGUGGAGGGGAGGGAGCCGGUCGAGCAUCUCAGGGUCUCGGGGCUGGAUACAGACUAUGUCACAUACAAGACGACGGUGACAGCUACCGAGGGUGUCACCAACGUAUCACUGGAGAUCGACUCGAGAAUAUCCCAGGUGUUCCAUGUUUCGGUUGAUAACGCCAGCAGUCUGGCGGCAACAGUGAUGGAUGUGAACAAGGGGAAUACCGAGUGGACGGCGGUCGCGCAGUUGCAUAAUCUCACGGCCGGUCGGACCUACGACUUGUGGAUUCUAUCUGAGUCACUCGGUGUGGAAAAUGGGAUGCUCUAUGGCGCGCCGGCCGCGACUGAGCCAUCCUUACAAAAGGGAAUUUUCGGGGACAUCCGGCUGAAUGAGAAGUCCAUUAGGAAAGGUCGAUGGAGUAUGGUGAAGGGUCUGGAUGGGGAAGUGGACGGCGGCCAAGGCAAAGCGGAACUCCCCUGCUGCGAUUCGCUGGGGCCUGCGUGGUUCGUCGCAGGAUUCACCCUCCACUCGGUAAGAUCGAAAUCGAUCUCUCUUACUCUGCCGCUGGGGUUGCCUCAGCAAGCUGGUGGUCAUAUCUGGCUGAAUGGUGUGGACAUAGGAAGGUGGCGAGCGGUUGGUGGUCGCCAGGCUUCGUAUAGGCUGCCGUCAGAUGUGCUCAAGAGAGGUUCCAACAGGCUGGCUGUGUUCAGUGCUACUGGGCAUUGGGUAUCCGAGCAAGGCGGUCCCCCUACAGUGGUGGAGGAGUUCUAUAAGAAGAGAUCUGAUCAGGAGACGUUGGAGUUGAUGAUGUGA